AUGACGGAUCUGUUCAAAGUAGAAGCACAGAAGGCCUUAGAUGAGCUGAGAGCUAAAGCUUCAUCGUCAAAUGGAGUUGAAGUUUUGGAAACCCCUAAUAAUUCAGGAUUCGGUUACAGACCCAUCGGAAGUGUAAACUCUGGUGAGAACUCUAAUUUCACUCAUACUCAUAAAUUCAAGGUUGAUUUUCCGAGGUUUGAUGGUACAAAACCUAGAUCUUGGCUUAGGAGGUGUACCAAAUACAUUCAGUUACAUCCCAUGGAUGAAGAACAAAAAGUUCACUUAGCAGCUAUGUAUCUAGAGGGUAAGGCGGACAUCUGGUUUCAAGACUAUCAUAUUGGCAAAGAAAUUUUAGUUUGGGAUGCGUUUCAAAAGGCUAUAUGUCUCAGAUUCCAGGAAUUAGACCAUGAUGAUAUAGUUGGUGAAUUUAACAAGCUCUGCCAAAUGGGUACAGUUUUAGAGUAUCAAGAAAUGUUUGAGGAAUUGAAGGCCUUAAUGCUAGCUAAAAAUAAACAUCUGACUGAAGAAUACUUUAUUUCUAGUUUCAUCAGUGAACUUAAGGAUGAGCUGAGAAUAGCAGUUCAAAUGUUCUCCCCAACCACCUUAGAUAAGGCCAUUUACUUGGCUAGAAUGCAAGAGGUUUUGUUGGAGAGUACAUCCAAGAGGGCUAGAUCUUCUAGAUUUCCACCAUUUCUCAUUCCACGGCCCCACAGAAGUUUGCAGUCUGCACCACAGUCUCCAUCCCCAAGAAUUAACACCAACCCAAAAAUUCCACCCAUUAAAAGACUUACAUAUGCUGAGAUGAGAGCUAGAAGAGAAAAAGAUGAUGGUGGAGUUGCUACUUCUGGAGAUGAAUCACCUAUCAACUCUCCCAUUAUACAAGAAGUGCCUGAGGAGGAAGUGGAGAUUUUUGUACCUGCCUUGUCAGGUAAUGUUACACAUAGUACCAUUAAGAUUUUGGGCACUCUUAAGAAUAAGAAGAAGAAUUAUACCAUUUUGGUAGAUAGUGGAAGUAAACAUAGCUUCAUUGAUCCUGAAAUUUCUAGGCAGAGUGGUUAUUAUAUAAAGCCUACAGGUGCAUUCCAAGUAGCAUUAGCAGAUGGAAAUAAAUUAGUUAGCAAUGCUAAAUGUCCAGGAUUUCAAUGGAAGAUGCAGGGCCACUCAUUCAAGUUUGAUUUGAGAGUUUUAGCUCUGGGAGGCUGUGAUAUGGUUCUUGGUGUUGAUUGGAUGAGGGAACUCAGCCCUGUUAACUUUGAUUUUAAAAACAUGCCCAUUUCUUUUAAGAGGAGUGGGAAGGAAGUUAUUCUACAGGGGAAUGUUGAAUCCAAUAAUAUCUCAGUUAUGACAGGAGAAUCUUGUCAAAAGUACUUGAAGAAACACAAACAUGGGCUAGUUGGUCACUUAUUCUCUAUCACAGGUAAUGAUUCAACACCCACUAUACCAACCAUAAUUCAACCCUUACUUGAUUCAUUUAAAGAUAUAUUCCAAGAACCCACUACUCUACCUCCUUCUAGAACUCAUGAUCACCAUAUUCCACUUCAACCACCAACUUCCCCUCCCAACCAAAGGCCUUAUAGAAUUUCCUACAUUCAGAAAGAGGUGGUUGAGAAGUUGGUACAGGAAAUGCUUAAUUCUGGAGUAAUCAGACCCAGGCAUAGCCCCUUUUCAUCUCUUAUACUCUUAGUUAAGAAAAAAGAUGGAAGCUGGAGGUUUUGUGUAGACUACGGAAGGCUAAAUGACAUCACCAUCAAAGACAAUUAUCCCAUUCCAAUCAUUGAUGAGCUUUUAGAUGAACUCAAUGGGUCUAAGGUAUUCUCCAAGAUUGAUUUGAGAGCAGGAUACCACCAGAUUAGAGUACACCCCUCAGACACCCACAAAACUGCAUUCAAGACUCACCAAGGGCACUAUGAGUUUUUAGUCAUGCCCUUUGGCCUUAAAAAUGCACUAGCAAGCUUUCAGGCCUUAAUGAAUGACAUUUUUAAACCAUAUCUAAGGAGAUUUAUUCUGGUAUUCUAUGAUGAUAUCUUAAUUUAUAGUCCAGACAUGAAGACUCACCUCCAACAUUUAUCCAUAGCCUUCAAUGUACUCAAGGAGCAUUCUCUCUUUGCUAAAUACAUCAAGUGCUCCUUUGGGCAAUCCCAAAUAGAGUAUCUGGGACACAUUAUUUCUGGUGAUGAGGUGGCAGCUGAUCCAAGGAAGAUAGCUUGUAUGGUGAAAUGGAAUGUACCAAACACCUUAAGGGAUCUUAGGGGAUUCCUAGGCCUUACAGGAUAUUAUAGGAAGUUUGUCAAAAACUAUGGCCUUAUAUGCAAUCCAUUGACAGACUUACUCAAGAAGAAUAAUUCUCAUUGGAAUGUUGCAGUACAGUUAGCUUUUGAACAACUGAAGGAAGUUGUUACUACAAAUCCAAUGCUAGUACUUCCAGAUUUUUCAAACCAAUUUGAAUUGGCAACUGAUGGAUGCGACUUAGGAGUGGGAGCUGUCCUGAUGCAAGAACAAAGACCUAUAGCUUAUUUCAGCAAAGGCAUGGGUGCAAGGUUUUUGGCCUUGUCCACUUAUGAAAAAAAGAUGAUGGCAGUAGUCAUGUCAGUUACUAAAUGGAGGACUUAUUUUAUGGGUAACAAAUUUACAAUCUAUACUGAUCAUCAGAGUAUAAGGUACUUUAUGGAGCAGAGGGUACAUUCAAUGCUUCAACAAAAGUGGAUGGCCAAGUUAAUAGGGUAUACUUAUGAGCUGAAAUACAAGAAGGGAACUGAGACUGUGGUGGCUGAUGCCCUUUCAAAAUAG